AAUAAGAGCCGAGUAUAAAAAGGUAGCCGACAAUUCAAUAUCGACAUCACUCGUCCGAUCAACCAGGAAACGAUGAAAGUCUUAUUUGUGAUGUUUAGUCUGUUGUUGGUCUGUGCCACUGCCGUGCCGCAAUUGUGGCCGUACCAUGACCACCAGUCAAUAUCCAAUGAUGCCUUUUACAAUAACAACCAGAACCAGCAGAGCCUCUACAUGUCGUCCAUGUUCCCCGGUUACAACAAUUUCGCCGUCGCCCAGCAGUCUUCCAAUUACGGCGGAUAUCCUUACGCCCAGCAGCAGCCAAAUCAUUUCUUCGCCUUCCCAGCAUAUCCCAGCCACUCGGCUGCCGCCGCUGCUGUCGCCACUUCGGGAUCCUUUUACUAAUUCUCACCUCUGCGCUAGACGUACAUACAAGUAGAUGACUAUAAGCUACUGUUUAGAAACUGAUUCAACUUUUUGCUGUCAAUAAAAAUGAGAUUGAAUUUCGAGUUCCAAAAA